AUGACCAACAGGUGCGUCCUCCAGCUCACCGUCCUGCUGUGCCUCACCAGCGCCGCGCUCUCCGUGAACUACGGCGUGCUCCGAUUCCGACAGAGAAGCAGCAAUUCAGCCUGUCUGGAGCUCCUGCGGCAGCUGAUUAGAAGCCCUCAGAAUUGUCUGGGUGACACGAUGGACUUCCAGAUCCCCAAGGAGGUUAAACAGCCACAGCAGGUCCAGAAGGAGGAAGCCAUGGUGGUCAUGCAUGAGAUGUUCCAUCAGAUCUUCAGCAUUUUCCGAAGAAGUUUCUCCAGCACCGGCUGGAAUGAGACCAUCGUCGAGAGCCUUCUGGAGGAGCUCCAUUGGCAGAUGGACCGCCUGGAGACAGCCCUGAAGGAAACCUUGCAGGAGGGAAAGUUCCCCUGGGAAAACAGGACCGUGCUGCGCCUGAAGACCUACUACUUAGGCAUCCUACAGUACCUGAAGGCCAAGUCCUACAGCCAAUGUGCCUGGACUGUCGUCCAAGUGGAAAUCCUCAGGAACUUCUCCUUCCUUAAUGGACUCAUAGAUGCCCUCCAGGACUGA